UGCAUCAAUAAUACAUUAGCUCCUGACUGUGGAUACCUCAGGAGGAGCUGCGCCACCAGCGCUGGUGGAGAGACUGUUUGCUUAGUGGAGACCGUGGAGUCCGAUCUGACUGUCUGGGGCUGAGACCUUGUUAGUGUUGGGGAAGAGGUGGGGAUCCGCUUUGGUGGUACCUGCCGUUCAAUGGUAAAGGUAUGCAGGGCAGGCAACGUAUCCUGGUGGUGUGCUUGCUGCUCCGGUUGCAUACUGCAGGAUCUUUUUCAGGAGAUUAUGAACACUUUGAGACAAGAGGUCGGAAAAUGCCAUUCAGCAGUGGAAAGCCAACAUUUAUCUACCACCGUGUGCAAAACAUUGAUAAAGGUGCGGACUUAAGUGGCAUAGAAAUGCAACGAAGCAGAAUCAAUGAGCCAUUUUUCAGCAAAUACGUAGACCGAGGCAGACCUCAUCCUGCUAUGAUUGUCAAAUCGACUUUCCCAAGAGUAUCAAAUGAUCGAAGCUCUCACUUUGUCACAAAUGAUGAUCAGUGGUCAGAAAUUGAAAACCUCCCUAUUCCAGAAGAUGACUUGAUAUCAGUGGCAAUGCAAAUGGAUGUAAAAAAAAUGAAUGUUACCUUACUUCGGAUAUUCCGUGAAGGAAUAGCUGCUGCCUUGGGACUUUUGCCACAGCAAGUUCAUAUCAAUCACCUCAAUGUAAAGAAAAACUGCAUUGAAUUUUAUAUAUCUCCAAUGAAUCGUGAAAGUGGCAUAUUAGAUCCAAUACCUUCUGAAGAAGUGAUACAAUCGCUCAAUGUAAAUAUGAUGCACCAAAGUCUCUCAGAAUUUGGCAUCACACAGGUUACCCCUGAGAAAAAUGCUUUGCAUGGAGACCAUGGGAGAGAUGGACUCUGGAACAAAGAAGGUGUCUAUACCGUUGUCAUAUUCCUCACUGCCUUUGUUAUUAUCAUCACAUGUUUAAUGUUUCUGUACAGGUUGAAGGAGAAACUUCAAUUUCAAAUCAAUCAGGAUAAACAACAACACCAACACAUCAACCUUGGUUCCAUCCCUGUGCAGCAGCCACAGCCAGAAGUUAAAAUUGCAAACAGUAUGGUGCAGCCUGGGCCCGCUUCCGGUGCUGUGAGCGUUAACAUCGAUCCACAGGGUCGGUCCACACCAGAGGUCAAACCUUAUGUGGCGUCCAGCCCCUCGCCAUUCAAAAUGAAGCCAGCUUGUCUUCAGGAAAGGCGCGGUUCAAACGUAUCACUUACGUUGGAUAUGAGUACCUUGGGAAAUGUUGAAUCAUUCAGUAUUGCACCUACACCCCGUGAGAAAAUAUUUCUGGAGUAUCUACAGACUGCCAGCCGGGUGUUAACCAGAUUACAACUAAAAGAAAUAGUAGCAAGUGCCCAGUCCUUUCAAGCUGAAUUCAUGGAAAUUCCCAUGAAUUUUGUGAAUCCCAAAGAGCUGAGUAUCCCGUGUCAUGGAACUAAGAAUAGAUAUAAAAACAAUUUUGCCAACACUAUUCUUCCAAAUCCACACAGCAGAGUAUGCCUGAUACCAAAGAGUCAAGAUGAACCUGUUAGCAGUACCUACAUUAAUGCCAACUACAUCAGGGGUUAUGGUGGUCAGAAAAAGGCUUAUAUUGCAACCCAGGGCCCUAUGAUCAAUACAGUGAAUGACUUCUGGCGGAUGGUUUGGCAAGAGGAUUGUCCAGUGAUUGUUAUGAUAACCAAACUGAAAGAAAAGAAUGAGAAAUGUGUUUUGUACUGGCCAGAGAAGAGGGGUAUAUAUGGGAAAGUUGAAGUCCUUGUGAACAGCAUUACUGAAUGUGAGCAUUAUGUCAUCCGGGAUCUUACUCUUAAGCAUGAAGGCAAGUCUCAAAACAUAAAACACUACUGGUACAAAUCCUGGCCUGACCACAAGACUCCCGACAGUGCUCAGCCACUGCUGCAACUCAUGCUGAAAGUGGAGGAGACCAGACAGAAGUCACCUGGCCGAGGACCUAUUGUGGUACACUGCAGUGCUGGGAUAGGGAGAACCGGCUGUUUUAUUGCCAUCACCAUUGGAUGCCAUCAGCUCAGAAAUGAAGGAGUGGUCGAUAUUCUGAGCAUUGUUUGCCAACUGCGGGUGGACAGAGGAGGAAUGAUUCAGACCAGUGAACAGUAUGGAUUUGUACAUCAUGCUCUGAGUCUCUACGAUAGUGAGAUCUCACCUGACACCAGCCAGUGAAUCUGCCAGAUAACACUCUUCAUCCAGAGCAACCUUUAAUGCGAAUUUGUAUGUGAGUAAGAAGGUAAUGGCAUACUUGCUAGCUAGAAAAUCCAGAAGUGGAAUCACCUUGGCAAUAGGAUGGCACAUUGAGAACUAAUGAAGCUUAACAAAGAGAGAUGGAAAAGAGACUGUUUGCCAGAUUAAGUGAAAAUAUCUAACUGAAUGUGGUAUAUUUUCUAAAUUCUGUUAUAGGAAAAUGAAACUGACUAAAAUCACGUGGCAUUUUAUCUGUGUCUAAUAAAGUUCUUCAUGUUAAAUUCAGUUCAACAAUAAUUGCAAACUCUGUGGUCGAUGAAACUAUGGAAUAGCAGUGUUGGUUGAAUUUGUUUGUGGGAGACAUGGAAAAGAAGUAUAAUUUCAAUAUAAGCUCUGUAUUGAAUGUUUCUGUAUUCCAAACUGACAGAGCUCUUAAUGUGAUUUAUUAAUAUAUACAUGUGAAAAGUGCUAUUACAUAUGUGGUGAAUUUUCUUUUUUGCCACAUAAUUGUCUUGCUGCCGAAACGCACAAGUGUUUAAUUCAUGAAAAACUGUCAAAUUCUGAAACUUUUAAAACUCCCUAAAUGUUUUAUAUGUCAUGUAGAUGCAGAUUUUUAUUUGUGAUAUGGUGUUAAAUUGUAUGCACAUUGAUAAUCCAAACUAGCAGUCGAAUUGCACAAUGUUAAAUGAAUCAUUCUAUGUAUUCUUCUGUCCAUGGCUCUGUAUUUUAUUGAGAUGGUCUUAAUGUAAGAGCUUCCUAGAUAUUGAGCAAACCUGUGAUUGAUACGCAGCAUUGUUUGCUUCCUCUUUCUCUCUCUCUCUCAGUAUAUAUAUUAUAGCUACAUAUAAUAUAUAUAUAUAUAUGGAUAUACAAAUCUUUUAAUCAAAUUGAAUGUUGUGAAAUAGUGUAAUUUUUGUUCCUCUUGGCAGAGAAGAAGCGCACUCUGUAAAUCUGUGGGAAUAUAUUUAACAACAUAAUAAUGGAAAUCCAAAACUAUGAAGCAUUGAUGUUGUUUAAACUGUAUGUGGCUAUUUGGCAUAUGUUCCAGUUGAUGAGACAUAUUUUAAAUUCCUUUUUGUCAGUGCAGGAAAUUGUUUACAUUAAUAAGUUUUUUACAUAAAACAGUGCAGAAUCUGCACUGGGUAACUUGUGUUUUUAUUCUGCGUUGUUAAUUGACAUUAGCUGUUAAAUGACAAUAAAUACACCAGACCUUUUUGAAA